AUCGGCCAACCGGCCAUUACGUUCCAUGUAGUCGUCAUGCUGAAAGCUAUACACAGAUCGUUUCACAAGGUUGUAAAUUCUGGAGUAAAAUCUGUUGGUGAAAUGGGUGAUUUGUCAUUUCCAGCUACUUUGAGAGAAUUUGGCUACGAUUUUGAUGGAGGCGGAAAACUUCGAAAACUUGAUCCAGAAUCCGGUAACAUCACCCAUGAACCGUUUGAGUUCAAUGUAUCGGACGAUCACGCGUUCAAUCAAAAGAGAUACGAAGCUCUUGGUCAGAUAAUCGACAAUUACGUAUACGAUAUUUUGGAAAAGGACGCGGGCUUGACCAGAUUACCAGUUCCCGGAAAUUCUGCUUCAUUAAAAACACCUGAAUUAUCUUCAUUCAUAUUCGCGAGUCCUGAUGCCCUGAUCAAUGAAAAAUUGAUGAUUUUAAUCCACGGCAGCGGUGUCGUCCGAGCUGGGCAAUGGGCUAGACGUUUAAUCAUCAACGACAGUCUGAGAACUGGAACGCAAUUACCCUAUAUCAAACGAGCCAAAGAACUGGGCUACGGUGUAAUGGUUCUAAAUACCAACGACAACCUGCGUAAUGUCGAUGGAAAACAAUUGGAAAUUCCAGGCAGCGAAGAUCCUCACAAACAUUUCGAUACCGUUUGGAAAGAUUACGUUAAAGAUUCGAAGGCUAAACACGUUGCCAUAGUUGCCCACAGUUACGGUGGAGUUUGCGUAGUUAAAUUCGCUUCGGACAAUCCUCAAGAUUUCCAGGACAGGGUGUUCGCCGUCGGUUUGACGGAUUCCGUUCACACGACGCCAAGGUCUUCCGAAGCGGAAACGAAACACAUGUUAAAGGUGGCGCGAAAUUGGGUAUCCUCAACGAAGCCCCUCGACACCCCAGAACGUACGCCGAACGGUGAAAUUGAACGUUGUUCAGCCGGUCACGAAACCCACGAAAUGACGUCAUCGUCCUGCAUGGAAUCGCUUUUCGAUUUUAUCGAACGACUUUACAACGAUAAAGUGCAAAAUACAGAUCGUCCCAAUUAAAAUAUCAGAUUUACGGAAUUUGUACCUACCCCAUACGAGUGUUAUGCAAACUUUUCCUUUUUGUUUUUCUUUAAUACAAUGAAGAAAAAGUAUGCAAAUUUUCCAACCACAUCACAUACGGCAAAAUUAAUAAAGCCGACCAAUUUCUCUUUUCAUUCGCGUGUAAUUAUUUGUAACUUUUCAAUUAAUUAAAUUAAAUUUGUACAAAUAAAAA